GGGCGUUGGGGGAGGGGUACAGGGGUCUUUGGGGUACCCGGGGCUCCCAGGCCGGCCCGAGACCCCUGAUUAGGUGUCCGGUCUGGCUGGCCUCCCAAGCCCGAUCAGCAUGAAGCUCCUAUGUUUGGUGGCCGUGGUCGGGUGCUUGCUGUUGCCCCCAGCUCAAGCCAACAAGAGCUCUGAAGAUAUUCGUUGCAAAUGCAUCUGUCCACCAUAUAGAAACAUCAGUGGGCACAUUUACAACCAGAAUGUGUCACAGAAGGACUGCAACUGCCUGCACGUGGUGGAGCCCAUGCCGGUACCCGGCCACGACGUGGAGGCCUACUGCCUGCUGUGUGAGUGCAAGUACGAGGAGCGCAGCACCACCACCAUCAAGGUCAUCAUUGUCAUCUACCUGUCAGUGGUGGGGGCCCUCUUGCUCUACAUGGCCUUCCUGAUGCUGGUCGACCCUCUCAUUCGAAAGCCGGAUGCGUACACCGAACAUCUGCACAAUGAGGAGGAGAAUGAGGAUGCUCGCUCUGUGGCUGCCACCACUGCCUCCCUGGGGGGCCCUCGAGCAAACACCGUCCUGGAGCGUGUGGAGGGCGCUCAGCAGCGGUGGAAGCUGCAGGUGCAGGAGCAGCGCAAGACAGUCUUCGAUCGGCACAAGAUGCUCAGCUAGGUGGGCCGGCGAGGUUGGGUCAAGGACCAGAGGCCACGGCUGCCAGCUUCCAGGGCUGGACAAAGCCAGAGGCCCCUUCCCCAGCCCUCGGUGCCACCCUUCCCAGGAUUUCUCUUUAGAAGCCCAUGGCCUUUUUCCUUCCCCUCUCUCUCUUUAGAAAAGGUGUCGUCUGCCGAUGGAAUCUGGGAAGAGUGGUGGGGUCCCUGAUCUCGGGUUUGCCUGCUCCAGUCUUCGGCCUUGAGGGGAGGGGGUGGCAGGCCAGAACGGAGCGGAGACGCUUCAGGUGGCCUCAGGAUUGGAACAGUCUGUACCUCCUUACUUCACCCCUGACACCCCUUCAGCUCCAAAUCUUGGGAGUGUCCUUACCCUUUGCAAGAUGGAGCCGGGUCAUCAAGAACUCAGUGUGUGGGAGGGAAGCAGUCAGCAUGUGCCCCUUCUCUGCCUGGUUCUUCUGGCCACCUUCCUCCCGACCCUGAUACCUCAGCCCUAGCUCAGCCUGCUUCCAGCCCUCAGGACGGCUCUGAUGGGGCAGCUGAUGCCGCUGAGCUGCCCUGUCUUCAGGGCACACCCAGACACUUGUCCCCCCCCCCCACACCCUUCCACCAGCCUACAGCAGUGUCGCUGCGCCUCGCUCCCUGUGGCCCCUGACCCCUCACUCCCACCUCAGGGGGCCAGGCCGUCACCCCGCCUCCCCAGGUCUGCAGUCGCUGAGCCACACAGUUGGUGGGACCACGUGACCAGGAGGCCGAGCAGCGGGUCUGAAUACCACGGCGCCUGUCCUGGGAUUGUCUCUCGGCUCUCAUUCAUUGUACCAGUGCAUGGAGAGAAACGUUUGUCCUUCCGUUGUCUGUAGACCAAGGAAGCCAUCAUUAAAUUGUCUGAUUUCUCUCA